ACGCAGAAUUCUCACAUUUAUUGGCUAACACCAAUUAAAUGUUUCACUUAACUAGAAACAUUAAGAAGAAAAUACGAAUCCUAGCAAUGCCAAAUAAAUACACACACCAUAGGUUAAUCGGUCACAAAGAGAGAGGAAAUUUCACCGCUUUAAAUAGUAGUACUAUAUUAUAGAUAUAGAUAUAGAGAGAGAAUUAUAGAGAGAGAAAGUGCAUGGUGAGAUUGAGUCUGCCCACGUUCCGUUGCCCCCUUACUUGGCAUCAUUUAUACCUUGCUUUCUGCUUCUUCACAUAUCUCUCACCCUUUCUCUCUCUACACACCAUUACUGGUCACGACAAAAAUCACACCAGCUCUAGCUGGGAGGGAAAGGCUAGGGAGCAUGGAUGCAUACGGUGCUCUCUCCGUAGAUGAUCUCUUAGACUUACCAAACGAUGACUUUCUCUCUUCCUCCUCAUCCUCCUCCGCCGCCGCCGCCGCCGCCAAUGCCGACUUCCUCCUCCACCACCCUUCCUCCGCCGCCAACGCGCACUUCGAGGAUUCGCCGCUUCCUACUAAUUACUCCACCGAUUUCACCGACAUUUUUCGCGUGCCUACGGAGGACGCGGCGGAGCUGGAGUGGUUAUCGAACUACAUGGACGAUUCGUUCACCGAUUUUCCGGCGAGUGAGCUCGCGAGCGCAUCCGUCAAUUUCCACGGGAUGAGCGGCAAGGGAUUCCACGGCCGCGCUCGGAGCAAGCGAUCGCGGCCGGUGACGUCGGCCGGCGAGAAUCAGGCGCCCGGCGGCGGCGGCGCGGAGGUGGCGCGUCGGUGCACGCACUGCGCGUCGGAGAAGACGCCGCAGUGGAGGACGGGGCCGCUGGGGCCGAAGACGCUGUGCAACGCCUGCGGCGUGAGGUACAAGUCGGGGCGGCUGGUGCCGGAGUACAGGCCGGCGGCGAGCCCGACGUUCGUGCUGACUCAGCACUCGAACUCUCACCGGAAAGUUAUGGAGCUGCGGCGGCAGAAGGACCUGCUCCGCCAGCAGCAGCAGCAGCAGGAGGCGUAUGGGCGCCAUUUCCGGGUGUGCUGACGUCUCCAAUCUCAUUUAUUGAUGCCUAAUUUUCCAUGAUGAAUGAAUUUAAGAGAAAUUGUGAAAAAAUUUUGGGACUUUUCGCGUUUCAUUCUAUGAUUAAUCAAUCAAUGAAUCUUUCUUAACAGCAAUAA